CUGCUCGAAAGCUGGUGGUCGGAAGCGUUUCCGUGUAAUGGCACAAAAACAACAGCAGCAGCGAUACUUUUGUUCUCAAACACCAAACUUUUCUUUGUCUGAAACUUAACUUAGACUGCAUUUUAUUUAUUUCCGGGCUUGGAGGGUGAAAAGAUGAGUAGUCCAUUCAAAACAUCGGUAUAGUCCUUUAAUGCACUCUUUGUUAUUUACCGGCUGCCUUCGCUAAGUUUUGUCGUUGGUGAGGCUUGCUGAGCUCAGGUAUUGAUCAUGGUUGGAGGGAGAACAGCUGAUUUAGCGCCCACAGCUGCUGUCAAGAUCUUCUCAGCUGGAACAGCAGGCUGCGUGGCUGACCUGCUCACUUUCCCGCUGGACACCGCCAAAGUCCGGCUGCAGGUCCAAGGUGAAUCCAAAUCCUUACUAAAAGGUCAGAGGGCGAAAUACCGAGGUGUGUUUGGCACCAUCUUCACCAUGGUGAAGACCGAGGGGCCGAGGAGUCUGUACUGCGGACUGGUGGCAGGACUGCAGAGACAGAUGAGCUUCGCCUCAGUCCGCAUCGGCAUGUACGACACCAUGAAGCAGCUCUACAGCCAAGGCUCAGAAAAUGCUGGAAUCGGGACUCGACUGCUUGCAGGCUGCACCACCGGAGCGAUGGCGGUGGCUUUCGCUCAGCCCACCGACGUGGUGAAAGUCAGGUUCCAGGCUCAGGGCUGGCUGCCUGAGAACGGCUGCGUGAAGAGAUACAACAGUACGAUCGAUGCCUACAAGACCAUUGCCAGGGACGAGGGUUUUAAAGGGCUCUGGAAAGGUAGUCUGCCAAAUAUAGCUCGUAAUGCCAUUGUAAACUGCUCUGAGCUGGUGACCUAUGACAUCAUUAAAGAGCUCAUCUUGCACCACAACCUAUUGACAGACAACAUGCCGUGCCACUUCACUGCAGCCUUCGUGGCCGGGUUCUGUGCUACGAUUGUAGCGUCGCCGGUGGAUGUGGUAAAGACGCGCUUCAUGAACUCGGUGCCCGGGCAGUACAGCGGUGCUGUUAACUGUGCCUUAACCAUGUUGAUUAAAGAGGGACCAACAGCUUUCUAUAAGGGAUUCAUGCCCUCGUUUCUUCGUCUGGGUUCCUGGAACAUUGUGAUGUUUGUGAGCUACGAGCAGAUAAAGAGGGUCGUGGUGAGGUUUCAGCAGCCCUGAAAGUCUCUGAUUGCUACAACAGCGCCACAUCUUCAGUGUCAAACUGACAACUGAAGAUGUGGAGCUGUUGUAGCACAGUUAAGAUUGUUGUUGUUCCUGUUCAUCCUCAGGGAUAAAAGUGCACAACUAAGAAGGUAAAACCCAAAAGAGAAACUGCAGGGAUGAUUGAUUACUUUUUUUUAAUUUAAAUAUUUAAUUGAUCUUUUCUGAUGUCUUUUACAGGAGACAUGUUUUUGUUUAUUGUCACACUUGAACAGACGCACAAGUCAAAAUGCCUGCUGCAAUAUAUUAGUCAGGGCUUCAUUAACUUUGUAUUGUAUUCUUAUUUGUAAAGUGACUCAUUGUGUAGUUAUACACAUGUGAAAGGAGAUGCACAAAGCUAAAUUCAGAUGUGUAAAGUAGCAAAUAAUUGCUGGAUAUAUACUUAAAGAACAGGUCAGACAUGUUUCCGGCUGUAAGGAGUGAUACAAGAAGUGCAAUGAUAUGUAAAUAUGUAGCCCAGUGUAAUCUAAUACUGAAUGUUUCCCAAACAUGCAAAUAUCCAGAUCACAUGUCAUCAGUAACCUUUUGGAAUAAUCAGCUACUAUUUUUUGAUGAAGUAGUAGAUGAAGGCGUGUUUUAUGCUUGAUCACAAUUGUGACCAAUGGGAUAGCACGCAUAGUGAAUUAACAUGUUUCUCCACUAUUACCACCCAUCCCACCCCCUUCUACCUCUCUAGUAUACUGUACCUCUUCACGUGGUAUUUCUAAGGCCCUAGAUAAGGGCAGCUUGUUGUAUUUCUUAGGCACUCCUUUCUUCAGCACACCUUUCUUGGCUAACUUCUCCCUGUGCUGCCUUGAUCUCAGCCUCUAUUCUCCUUCUCCAUGGAGGGUGCUGCACCUUGUGACGGUUCAUCUUAUAGCCAAGCAUCUCAGGGAUCACUGUUGCUGUGGUAUGCAUCAGCUGGUUGGUUUCAGUGAUAGUUGCAGUUGGGAUUGUCCAUAAUGCUGCAUUCACAUCUUCUAGUAGACUAUCAGAGGGUACUUUAUGUAGUCUUGGUAAUCAGACAUUGAGGAUCCAGGUUUCCAGCUUUGGAAUUGUACAUGUGUUAUAUUGAUUUGAAUAGUGAAGCGCAAAGAAAACAAAAUACAGCAUUUCAGUACUGAAACAUUAAUACUGGUGGUUGGUGGGGAUGCUGGACAGGCCUGGCAUGCCCAAACGCAUAAAGAGAGUGUGCUGGGAGCGUCUAGCAGAGGCCCUGAUCAGUGAAAUCUUCAACUCCCACCUCCUGCAGAUUUUCAACAAGAUUCUGAGGGAGGCUGGGGACGUUAAGUGUGAAUGGAUCAUAUUUCGCAUCUUGAUUGCAGAAGUGGCUGUACAGAGUUUCGAUUGUAAGGUGGGUGGUGCCUGUCAUGGCAGUAACCCCAGAAACUAUCAAGCUUGUGGGACAUGAAAGGCAGCUGACAAUGACAGUGCUGCUGACUUUAUCUGAGGACGUAGUCAGGCGGUGGAAGGAGUACGUCAAGGAUCUCAAUCCCACCAACAACUGCUUCCUUGUGGAAGCAGGAGAUGACUUGCCCAUCUGUGUGUUGGCAACAUCACAUAGAAACCGGGGACAGUGCCUCUGGAUUGGCAGACUGGGGUGGCGCGUCCCCUCUUCUUGUGGGGGAAUCACAUUCCUCAGCCUCCACAGUAAGGUCUAUGCCUGGGUUCUGGAGAGGAGAGUCCACCGUUUAGUCAAACCUCAGACUCUGUAGCUGUGUGUUCGGUCCCUGUGAGAGUUGGUUCACACUGCCAACAAUUAGUCACUUGUUCUCGGGGGGGGUUGAACUCUCCUGGGGCUGUCCUUUACCACCAAAUCUGUUCAUCAUUUUUAUGGACAGAAUAUUUAGGUGCAGCCAAGUGGCAGAAGGUGCACAACUGCACAACUUAAAAAAAAAAUCUCUGAUUUAUGAGUUUGAUUUUGUUCAUUCUGUGUUUAUUUUUUUAACAUUUACAUACAUACCUGUAUUCUGUAUUUCCACUUGGUCUUUUGCAGUUGUAUACCUGUAAAUUCUGUCUAAUGUAUGAUUUCUACUUGGUGACAAAGAAACUGCUGUACCACCAUGUUUAAAGUUUUGGAAAUGUGAAUAACAAUUUAAAUAAAGUAAGA